AUGUGGGUACCCAGGUCAUGUGGCCAUCAAUUGUCCUACGCAACGCCGCAACAAGAACGAAUGGACACAAGGAUCAUUGUGAAAAAAGGUUCGCACCCAUCGGUGGAACUGACCAAGUCCAAACAUGCGCCUGCCACGCAACUCGUCCAGGAUGGAGAGUCCGCCGCUGCUAACGGCGACCACGACCGGACCCAGGACAGCAGCAAAUCUGCGUCGCCUGUGGUGACCGACAGCAAUGAGGAUACGAAGGAAGACGAUGAGACCCAUGGCAUAUCGCUCGCGAAUGACCACUUCCUUUCCAUCGAAAUCUUUUUGGAGGACUCGAUUGCUCCGUACUUACAAACUACAGAACCACCACCAACUGUUCCCCGAGAUUCUCAACGAGGUGUCGCGCACUCAACCACCCGACAGCUUUCUGGAGACCGUCGAGAUCUCAGUUCCUGCCAAACAGGCCAUCCGCGUGAAGGCUACAAUAUCUCGAUACUAUCGCUUCAAGAAACACACGCCACAUCAUCAACUUUGAACAACUUUUUCACAACCAAUUCAACCCAUCACAAUCGUUUCGAACGCACCAUUGUGGUAUUGUUUCCCACUGUCCUGGUAUUGCCAUCACACGCUUAUCAAUACUCGACGGCCCUCGCAUCAUUUUCAUCCGCGUCGAUCAUUGCCGGCACGAAUUCUCACCAUCUGAUUUCUUACCACUUUACGCUCCUGCCCACUCUGCGCGCAGCCGACACCAAUUUUUCACAACACUUCAACAAUCACCAUCUUCGCCCCCGACCAACCAUAUAUCGAGGGGCUUGUCAUCACAGACGACUUAACUACAGCUAUCAGCGACCGAACUAUCAAGGCAAUGCGCCUAUCGAAUGGCACCACAUGCUGCAACAUCAAUUUGUCAACUGCAUCAACCCUGAUCCAUCAAGCGCCCCUCUUCCAAUGUUUCGAUGA